GGUGGGGUGCCCUUAAAGGAGGGAUCACAUUUACACAGUCGACUUCUCAUAUCCGUGUGCCGUUGUCUUGGACAUAUUGCAUCCAGUUUUUUCACUCUACAGGUGUCCUCCAGCGCGCCACACUUGACGUUUCGACCAGAGGAUUUAAUUGAACAGCAUCAUGGCCGUAGAAGGUGGAGCAAAAUGUAUCAAAUACCUGCUCUUUUUCUUUAAUUUCAUUUUCUGGGUGUGUGGCUUGGCCUUAAUAGUUCUGGGCGUAUUGGCAAAAGUUUCUAUCAACACCACAGCCUUCCUUAAUGGAUACGCCGGGGCUCCUCUAGUGCUCAUAGUGGUGGGAGUCAUCAUCUUCUUCAUCGCAUUCUUUGGCUGCUGUGGCGCCUGGAAGGAGAAUCAGUGCAUGAUCACCAUGUUUGCUGUUAUUCUCUCCCUCAUCAUCAUCAUUGAAAUCGGAGCUGCCAUUGCUGUAUAUGUCUUGCGUGGGAACCUGCCUAAUCUGCUGAAUAAAGGCUUUGACACCAUGAUCGCAGGAUACAACGAAACGGAAAACCGUGAAGCUAUUGACACCAUACAGAAAAAUUUCAAGUGCUGUGGAGGAAACUCCUCUGAUGACUGGUUGAAAUUCUUCCCUCGCAAUUCAGUCCCAGACACCUGCUGUAAAAAUAUCACCGUGAAUUGUGGUAAUCAAGCUAUCCACGAUGCCAACAAAAUCUACACAGAGGGAUGUCAGCCAAUUGUGGAAACAUUUCUAAAGCAAAACAUCCUGUGGAUCGCUGUGGCAGCUCUGGUCAUUGCAUUUGUGCAGAUCACGGGCGUUGUGUUGUCCUGCAUUCUGAUGCGAGCCAUCCGCAGCGGCUAUGAGGUCAUGUGAUCACAUCUAGUGACGACGCUUCAUCCAUAGCAGCACAUCACAUCACCUAAAGCUCUUAGAGGCUUUCAGGUGUUUUUAAAACUAUUAUAUAAAUGCCAAUUAUUUUCCCCCUUGCUGUGUAAGUUGACAGUACUCAUUUUCUUUGAGAAUGAAAUAUCUAUGACGUCUGUGCUUCUGUGACUAAUCCAGUAGAUUGGUCUCCUGUUAAGUCUCUGAUUUAUACUUUAGACAUUAUUUUAAACUUAAUCUUUACUGCAGUGACAUUCCUUUGGGUUACAGGACAAACAAUUACUGAUAUGCCAAAUUUGAUACAUUUAUAGAACCAUUUGUGUCAAAAAAAGAAUAAAUAAAAUGUUCUAAACAAG